ACUUAGGGUCUCGCCCACCAAACCGCAAAAAUAUCCUAACCUACUGAAAUUUCGUGAGCUCGCAACCUCCCACUCCAUCACCAAUUUCGACGCCGCACGACCCGAGGUCCAAGUCUAAACCUUCGCAAUGGCUUCGCGACCUACCGUCUCUAUCAUCGGCAAAGAUGGUGCUCCCACUGGAGCUACCCACACCAUUCCCGCCGUCUUCACCAGCCCGAUCCGACCGGACAUUGUCCAGCAGGUUCACACCGGUAUCGCUAAGAACAAGCGACAGCCUUAUGCUGUGAGCGAGAAGGCCGGUCACCAGACCUCUGCCGAGUCUUGGGGAACUGGUCGUGCUGUCGCCCGUAUUCCCCGUGUCUCUGGUGGUGGUACUCACCGUGCUGGUCAGGCUGCCUUCGGUAACAUGUGUCGUUCCGGUCGCAUGUUCGCCCCUACCAAGAUCUGGCGCAAGUGGCACAUCAAGGUCAACCAGGGCCAGAAGCGAUACGCCGUCGUCUCUGCUCUCGCUGCCUCCGCUGCCGUUCCCCUGCUCCAGGCCCGUGGCCACCAGGUCAACUCCGUCCCCGAGGUUCCUCUGGUUGUCGACUCCGCCGUCUUCGAGGGUGCUGCCAUUGCCAAGACCGCUGCUGCUUUCGGUCUCCUGAAGGCUGUUGGUGCUGGUCCCGAUAUCGAGAAGGUCAAGGGCUCCAAGAAGCUCCGUGCUGGUAAGGGCAAGCUCCGUGGCCGACGCCACCGCCAGCGACGUGGCCCUCUUGUCAUCUACGACCCUGAGACCGAUGGCAAGGAGCUCGUCACUGCUUUCCGCAACAUCACUGGUGUCGAGACCUCUCCCGUCACCGCUCUCAACCUCCUCCAGCUCGCCCCUGGUGGUCACCUCGGCCGCUUCAUCGUCUGGACCUCUGCUGCCUUCAAGGCCCUUGACGAGAUCUACGGUUCCACCACUGAGGCCUCUGCCCACAAACGUGACUUCCUCCUCCCCUCCAACGUUGUCUCUCAGGCCGAUCUUACUCGUCUGAUCAACAGCUCUGAAAUCCAGAGCUCUCUCAACGCUCCCAAGGGCGAUGCUGUCACCCGCCGAUCUGCUGUCCAGAAGAAGAACCCUCUUAAGAACAAGCAGGUUAUGCUUCGCCUGAACCCUUAUGCCUCCGUGUUUGCCCAGGAGGCUCAGAAGAAGCAGAACUAAAAUAAUGCUCGACUUGCUGGGUGUGCAGCGGGUUAAGACGGAACUAGAUGACGGGUCUUGCAUGGUUUGAUAUUGAGGCGUAACGGCUUCUUUGACGGUUGAGCUCUAUUAAAAAUGAAUCAGAGAUAUGAUACGAAUUACAGCCUGACUCGGCAUUGGUUCCACAACUUGAUGUUUAUUUACCGUAACUGUGAUCUUAGCUUGCUAUGUUUGCUUUCAUCGUGAUUGUCGUAAUAGUAGUCAUUUUCAUUUUCAUGAUUGAUACCACACAUAUAUGUGGCAUCGAGGCUGUCCUGUACUGUGGCUAUCUCUUAUGUUGGCAGCACGGGCUAUUUUGUCCAAUGCUCAUCAUGUAGUAACUCUGUUCAUUCAUUUACUCUAGCUGAGCAACUCUUCGAGUAGCUUCUCAAUCUGUACCGGAUCGUUAAUCUUGAAGAAUUCACCCACAGAUCGCGCGAAUCUGCUCGAGCCGUCGUCAAUGUUCUCGUCGCUCUCUGCUGCAAAGCACAGUCGUA